AUGCCUUUGCUAUCAAUAUUAGUAGGGAUGAAAUUAUUAGUCGAAAUUCCUGAUUAUUGUUAUUAUGAAUUAGUUAAUCUUCAACUCCAUGACAACAAUGAGCUUCUUGCAACAAGGAAAAUAAGCAAGUAUUUUACCAAACCUCCUGAUGAACAUAUUCAUAUCAUCGUAUCUUUACCAGAAACUACCAAAACCAGACAAGAGUUGGAGUCGAUAAAUAAGAUAGCGGAACUACAGAGUCUCAAGAAGUCUACAUAUGAAUUCGAUGUCAUAGUUAAUCCGAAACGCAUAGAGACAUUCAAGUGGAUUGCAAAUAGAUCAAGCGAACCUUGGAGAUCUUAG